AUGAAACAAUACAAUGAGAUCCUGCACGAACAGCUUUGGAAAGGGACCCUAGAGGAAGUAGACGCCACGUCGCAAGAGUCGGGGAUUCAACAUCUACUUCACCAAGCAGUACAAACGGAACAGGACCACCAAACUAAUCUUGCCAUAGCUAUCAGGAGUUCCUCUUCGAAUUUCAGGAUCGAAGACACAGCAGUGAUUUUGGAUGGAGAAAAAGCAUUCCAACAAGCUUCCUUCUUGACGAUCCAUGAAGAUGAAGACGAUAAAGGCUACACUCGAUGUUUAUGGCUACGUAACUACAAGUGGCUGCCUACUUCACACAGUAUUCAAAACUGCGAUGCACAGGAGUAA